GACUUGUAAUAAAUCGUUUUUACCAGCCGCGAGGCGAGGUACUGUGGUUCCACUCUCUAUAAGUGAAUAGUAGUAUAUAUAGAUGAGCGAAUGGUGAGAGCAAGAAGUGUGUGACGUGAGAGUGAGCGAAAGAAACAAAAGAACAGAUCAACAGGAAAAAAAACAAACAAACAAGCAAACAAAAAAAAACAUACUAGAUCGCGCGAGAGAGGUACCGUUGUAAUAUCUAACCUUCUACGGUCCACCAGGCCCAGAGCAAUUCAGGAUCACGCCUGUGCGGCAGUGCUUAUCUCCCUGUGAUCCCAAGUCACUUAUAGCGCUGUGGGAUUUCUGUAUCCACCAUGGAAGACUUACUGUCAAAUUUUGGGGGUGUUGAGGUCACACCUCGGCCCAACAACCCCCAUGCUGAGCACCCUCACUUUGCCCUCUACAAGAACAAGACGACUGGUUCAUCUCAGGAGGAGCGGCGCAAGAUGGUGCUGCAUGCCAGGAAAGACGCCCGCUAUGACUUGCUGUCCCUGGUGCGAAACCUUGAAGGGGAGAGUGAAGUGACUGAUGACUCUGAAGGUGAUAUGGAGUAUGAAGAGGUGCGCACAUGUUAUGCACGUCCCAAGAAAUUCAGGAACUUCUUGAUGCUGAGUGAGUGGCUGGUGGACGUGCCUGAGGAUUUUGCCUCUACCUACCUGGCUGUGCCCUGCCCUGUGGGGAAGAGGUGCCUUGUAAUGUCCUCUAAGGGCAGGACUCGAGUAUAUGCCAAGUCAGGUGUGAUGGUGAAGGAGUUUCCAUCCAUGCUGCCAGGAGGGAACCGUCGUAUCUGUUCCCGAGGCUUUGCUCUGCUGGACUGCAUCUGGUCUGAGGUGAACAAGAUUUACUACAUCCUAGAUCUCGUCAUGUGGCUGAACCAGUCCAUCAUAGAGUGUGAGACAUUGUUCCGGUUUGAGUGGCUGCGGUCCAGGAUAGAGGAGGAGGGCCAGGAGGUGCAGGAAAUAUCAAAUCUCAACCCAGUAAAGUUCCAGAGAGUGCCUUAUUAUGACUGUUCCCCGGAGAGCUUACAGAGGCUGAUGGCAGAGGAGCUUCCCUUCUCAGUGCCGCUGGAUGGCGUCCUUUUCUACCACAAGGAGAGUCACUACACACAUGGCAACACUCCCCUGGUGGGCUGGCUCAAGGGAUACAUGUUCCCUGAAAUUCUGGGUAUUCCUGUCCCAGACUCUGUUCUUCAGGAGAAGCCACUCAAGUAUGUCAACCUUCCGUCUCACAUCCAGUAUGGGCAGCAGAAAAGAAGUGCCAAGAAAAGUGAGGAAAAGAUGGAGGUUGCCUCAACUAAGUCCCCAAAGAAAAAUACAAAGAAAGCUGGAAAGAAUAAAUCCCAAGAAAAUGAGAUGGAGGUGUCUGGCACUUAGGUUAGUAUUUGUUGGCAGAAGAUUUCUUCAUCUCAUCAUCAUCAUAAUAAUCGCCACCAUUGUAUCCUGUUGUUGUUGCUGCUGCUGCUGCUGCUGCUGGUUUUCCAUUGGUGCCAGUCUCAUAUUUAUACAUAGUGUAAAUCAGUCAGUCUGUUGUCUGUAAGGGCUCUAUGGAGUACACCUCAAAUCCCACUGAGGUUUUGCAUUGUACCUUGAAGUUUGAGUGUGUUGGGUUCGGUAAUACCAGACCUUGUUUAUUUAAAGUGUAAUUAUAUUUAUACCAUGAAAGAAAUUCCCAAAUUUUCACAUCUUUUUUGUAACAGUAUUGGAUAGAAUCAGGCUUGGAUAGAAUCAUCAACCUCCCACUGUCAGCUGUCACCUAGUACAGACACAGUUGAAGUUUAUUUCUUUUGUUAGGCUCCCUAGUUUGCCUCUUAAUGAGUUUUCUCCUGGUUAUAUGUGAUAUUCAGACAGUGACAUAUUAAGGAUGUUAGGAUACUCAUAUAGAAGUUAAGAUGGUCUGCCUGAAAAAUGACUUAUUUGUUAUUUUAAUUCAUAAACAAUUUUUCAACUUUUUGUCAUAUGUCACACAAGCCAUUUUCAUUUAAUAGUGACUAAAUUUUAGAUGGAAAAGGAAAACUUAUUUUAUCAUUGGUUAGUUGGUGCAUUCAUUCAUUUAGAAAUUAUUCUAACUGACAUUGUUUCAUUCAUCAUGUUUGGAAAAUGGCUUGUUGCAUAAUGGAUAUAUGAAUGUAAGAAUUCUUAAUUCCUUGAUUCCUCUGUUUCUAAAGUUGUUACUACCUCUUGUGUUGUAUGAAUUGCUGUGGGUUCAUGAGGUUAGUACUGUUGAUGUUAUUUUAUAUGACAGAGAGAGUGGAGUCCUGCUCUUUCCCUGUUGUUGCCACCUAUGCUCAGACAUUGCUUUGGAUUGGUCAGAUAGAAAGGACUGACACUCGUUUACCUUGAAUCCUUCCACUUGAAGUAAUUCACUUUGUUUUUCAAAAUUUAGUAAUGCCACAGUUGGCAGAUCCAGAUGUUUUUAAUCAAUCAUGUUUUUAAAGCUUUUGGUUAAGUAGAGUAUGUAGACUUGGGUUACAUCUUUGUGGAAUUAAGUUGGAUUUGAAGUCUUCCUUUCAACUUGGCAGUAAUACUCAUGCGAGUUGCAAUCUCAAAGUUGAGACAAUCAUUGAAGAAAAUGGGAAGAAAGAAAAAAAAAUUAUAUUCCAGAUGCUUUUUGACUGGGAGAAAUGAUGCUAUAUGAUCUGUGAGAACUUUUGAAAAAAACAUGAAUGAGAAUAUAAAUUACUCAUGUGAAUAGUCCAGAAACUUUGCGAUUGCAUCUUGUUACAUCCUGAGAUUGGGGUUCACGACUCUUGAGAACUAAAUAUCUUGAAGUAUUUCUUCUUUUGUAUACUUUACUGUGUUUACCAGUGCAAAAUACAACUUUUUGCCAGAUAUCAGGUAUCCUUGUGGUACUGGGUAGAGGUGUACUAGUGGAUUCUGAUGCUAUUGAGGUGAGUGUCUAACAUCCCACUUUAUAUAAUUAAUUUCCAGAUGCCUCCAGAUGUAUUGUGGUUGAAUCAUUAUUUAGGAAGCAUGUUGAAUAAAGUAGCUUCUUA